CAUGUAUCUUACAUAUAUAAACAUUACCAUAAUUGCUGUGAUUAUAUCAUGAGUGAUGAUUUUACAACAUUGGACAUAACACCAUAAUAAUCAGGAUACUGUUAAUCAUAAUUACAUGUCUAUAUUAUAUUCAAAAACUAUUAAAUUAUACUAUUAACUUGUCGCUAUUAUAACAAUUAUAAUUUUGUUUUAAUUCCUGUCAUUACAUUAGCUAUGGCACAUAAUAAUCAUAUUAACAUGUUUUGAAUGAUGCAUGUGUUUCACCUUAGAUUUCAAUUAGAGCUGGUGAUGCUGUUUAUUUAAUAAUGAUGAUAAUUAUAAUUAAUAAUAUUGGUUUAGCAGCCUAAUCAUGUUCCUCCCGUCAGAUGCCUGUGAACUCACACUGGACCCAAACACAGCCCACAGACGACUCUCUCUGUCUGAGGACAGCAGGAAGGUGACGCGGGGUGAAGAGUACCAGUCGUAUCCGGAUCACCCAGAGAGGUUUGACUACUGGGACCAGGUGUUGUGUAGAGAGGGUCUGACUGGCCGCUGCUACUGGGAGGUAGAGUGGGGAGGACGGGUUCUUAUAGGAGUGGCAUACAGAGGAAUGACAAGGAGAGGAGUGGGUGAUGACAGCAGGCUUGGAUGCAACAACAAGUCCUGGAGUCUUGUUUGUGAUGACGACACUGAUGCUGCUUUCUAUACUGCCCGUCACAACGGUAGUGGAACAGCCAUACGUCUCCCCCCCCCUCGCUCUAACAGAGUAGGAGUGUAUCUGGACCGGCCCGCUGGCUCUCUGUCCUUCUACAGAGUGUCCCCAGGUGGAGGGGGGUCCUCAGACACACUGACACACAUCCACACCUUCCAGGCCUCCUUCACCCAGGAGGUCCUCCUCCCUGGGGUUGGGUUCUGCAAGAGUGGUUCCUCAGUGUCUCUGUGAGUGUCCAUUGUAGAUACACAAACACACACAGACACAUGGAAAAGCACACACAUGUAGACAUGUAGUCAUAAACACACCCAAACCAACAAACAUAUGUACAUAGAAAUUAACACACACGCACACA